AUGAGAUUACUUGGUCCAGAAAGAUGGUGGUGCUUAGCAGGCAAGGAAGAGCUCUGGAGCUAUCACGGGGAUGUGGGUGAUGAGAGGUCCCAGGGAAUGAGAGCUGGGGAGUAUGUGGUUGGUGACUGCCUUUCGGGAUUUGGCUUCAAGACCGAUGCUUUGCUUGCCAGAAGGAUCUGCCUGAGAGCUGCGUUGUUUCUGAUAGCAAGCAUUCUUCUUCUAGAGACAACAUGGCUGUUGUUAUUGUUUGAUUCAAGUGACUUUUCCUUCAUGAUCUCGGCUGCGAUCAUUGCCGAGCAGCUCAGAUCCUGUGCCAAGCUCGAGGAUCUCGUCCGAGGGAAGCAGAUACACAGUUCUAUCCGUCAAUCCUACCUCCGCAACGACAGAUUCCUUGCAAAUUUGCUCAUAGACAUGUAUGGCAAAUGCGGGUGCCUGGAUUCCGCUGUAAGCGUCUUCCAAGCCAUUUCCAAUCCAAAUGUCUUCUCGUGGAAUAUCAUAAUCGCUGCCUGCUCUCACAACUCGAAUCUUGAACUAGGUACAUUAUAUUUCAUGAAAAUGAGCCAACGAGAUGCUUUGUCCUGGACAACACUUGUCUCUGCAUAUGCCCAUGGUGGGCAAUUGCUACUAGCACAGAAAAUAUUUUCUGCCAUGCCGAUGUGGGACGCUGUGUCGUGGAACUCGCUGAUGUGGGGACUCGGGGAGGAUGGUCAAAUUGAAGAGGCGUGGAAGAUGAUCCAUGCAAUGCCAGUACCAGACCUAGUAUCAUGGACCGUGAUCAUCCAAGCACUCGCUGAUGCCGGCGACGUUCCAAGAGCUCGAGAAAUAUUCGAUGCGAUGAUCCAGAGAAAUGGAGUCACUUGGCAAUUGCUAGUCAGCGGGUAUGCCCAGCUCGGGCAUACGAACGAUGCAAAGUUCCUGUUUGGUCGAAUGCCACAGCACAGCCUCGUGUCGUGGAACUCAAUGCUUGCUUGUUAUUCGCAAGCCGGGAAUCUCGAGGAGUCAAAGAAAACCUUUGAUGGAAUGAGAAUAAAGGACGUAGCAUCUUGGACUAGCAUCAUGACAGCAUAUGCCCGUUGUGGGCAUCUUGCAGAUGCCGAGAGAAUUUUCACCGAGAUGCCCAAGAAGGACGUGGUUGCAUGGAACGCUCUCGCGGUGGCCUACAACGACAUGGAAAUGUUUGAGAGGUGCGAGGAAUGUUACAAGAAGAUGCCGCAUUGGAAUUUUGUGUCCCUCAAUGGGUAUCUCCACAUGAUAUGCAUUGAAAAUGCCAAACAAGCCAAGGAGUUCUUCGAUUCUAUGCCAAGGAAGAACUCAAUCUCCUGGAACAACAUCCUGGCAGCCAGCCUCCGCCAUCACAAACUCACAGACACGAAGGCGGUGUUUGAUCGAUCGCCAAAACACACUCCAGUGGCCUUAAGCACGAUGCUCCAAGCGCUUGUCCUGGAAGGUGAUCACAGCUCCUUCGAUCAAGCAGAGCUUCUCUAUCGCGAAAUCCCGAACAAGGAACAGGACCUCUUUGCGUCGAGCCUCAUGAUCGCGGGGUACGCCCAGCGUGGAGAGCUAGAUAAAUCCAGGAGAGUGUUCGACUCCAUGGAAGCGUGGGACUUUGUGUCGUGGACGGCGAUCAUCCAGGCCCACGCUCACAAUGCCCAGAUCGAUCCGGCGCUAGAGCUCCUGCGACUGAUGUGCCUAGAUGGCUCCAGCAGCCCAAAUGAGGUGACCCUCCUCGCCAUCCUCAAUGGCUUCGCCCAUUGCGGCUUGGCGGAGGAAUGCUGCGCUUUCUUCCUCUCAAUCGAGCCCGACUUUGGAAUCCAUCCCACACUGGACCACUACUGCUGCGUGGCUGACCUGUUCGGCCGCGCCCGGCGGCUGGACGAGGCCGAGGAGCUCGUCGCCACCAUGCCCUUCCUCCCAGACGCCAUCGCGUGGGCAACUCUGCUGGGAGCCUGCCGGAUCCACGGGGAUGCCGCCCGGGGAGCCAGGAUUUAUGGCCGGGUCAUGGACCUGGAUCCCACGCACGCGCCAUCGCUGCUGCUCGCCUCGCGCAUUGCGGCCGACGAGUGA